AUGGCAGAAAGCCCCACGACGAUCCACGUCAAACAUACCCCUUCUGAGGAUACCAUCAACAGCACUGAGAAGCCAUCGCCUCACAAUGCUGCCUCCACUCACCAUGACAGUCCCUCCCCGUCUGGCGAGCUUCCAACUGCACCAUCAGAUGCGUCACUACCACCACAGGAUGGAUCUGAAUUCCCUAGUAUGGCCAAGAUCAUUCCCGUCAUGAUCGCCAUAUACUUGACUAUGUUUCUCAUAGCCCUCGAUAGAACCAUUAUAGCAACAGCUAUCCCGCGUAUCACAGACGACUUCCACUCUCUCGGCAACAUCGGUUGGUACGGCUCGUCCUACCUACUCACUCUCUGCAGCUUCCAGCUCGUUUUUGGCCGCGUCUACACGUUUUACGACCCCAAAUGGACACUCCUGACCUGCAUCGCCAUCUUCGAAAUUGGCUCUACUGUCUGCGGCGCCGCACCCUCAUCUACCGCCUUCAUCGUCGGCCGCGCCAUCGCCGGCUUGGGGGCUGCAGGCAUGCAAAACGGUAGCAUCAUCAUCAUCACUCGUGCCAUCCCCCUCCAAAAACGCCCCAUCUUCAUCGGCUGCAUGGGCGCCGUCUUCGGCAUCGCCAGCGUCACGGGCCCUCUCCUCGGUGGCGUGUUUACAGAGCACGUCAGCUGGCGCUGGUGCUUCUACAUCAACCUCCCCGUCGGCGCCGUCGCUGUCACCAUCCUCGUCAUUAUCUUGCAAGUUCCACCGCAAGCCGGGGACCACGACAACCGUGGCCUCACCUUCAAAGCCCAACUGCAGAAGCUAGACCCACUCGGCACGCUCGUUCUCCUUCCCGGUAUCAUUUGUCUCCUUCUCGCGCUGCAAUGGGGCGGAAGCACCUAUGCCUGGCACAACGCGCGCAUCAUCGUCCUCCUGAUCCUCUUCAUCCUCCUCUCCGUCGCCUUUAUCGCUAUCCAGAUCUGGAAGGGCGACACCGCGACGGUCCCGCCCCACAUCUUCUGCCAGCGCAGCAUCGUCUGCGCCUUCGCGUACAUAUUCUGCUGCAUGUCCGCUAUGCUGAUCUUCUCUUUCUACAUCCCCAUCUGGUUCCAGGCCAUCAAGGGCGUCACUCCCACUAAAUCUGGCAUCGAUGUCCUUCCCAUGGUCAUCGCUCUCGUCGUGGCCUCGUUCAUAGCCGGAGGCUUUGUCCAGAAGGUCGGGUACUACGCCCCGCCGAUGAUUCUCUCGUCGAUCAUUAUGCCGAUCGCCGCCGGCCUGCUCACGACGUGGCAGGUUAACUCUGGUCAUGCCAUGUGGAUUGGCUACCAGGUGCUGUACGGGCUCGGUCUUGGUGUUGGUAUGCAACAAGCCACUAUGGUGGCACAGUGCGUUCUGGGCAGGAAGGAUGUCUCGUCCGGUGUGGCGCUCAUGUUCUUUGCGCAGAACCUAGGGGGUGCAAUUUUCGUGUCCGUGGGCCAAAACGUGUUUGCGAACCAGCUUGUCAAGAGCAUGUCGCACAUCGCCGGCUUGGACGCGAAUGAGGUGGUCAAGACUGGUGCCACGAACUUGAGGCACGUCGUCAAGCCAGAGCUGUUGGGCGCGGUGUUGGCAGGGUACAACAUUGCCAUCAGACAUGCGUUCUACGUGGGCGUGGCGAUGUCCUGCAUGACGAUCUUUGGAGCACUGGGAGUGGAGUGGAAGAGUAUUAAGGGGAAGAAUGAAGGUGGGCCGACUGCGGAAUCGGCGCAAAAGACUCAAGAGAAAGACGAAAGUGUUUGAGAAAUGAUGGGGCGGAGUUACUGAAUUAUCGCAUACCGGGGCGUUCGUUUUAUCGAAAUACCCUUACGCCUUCGAAGACGACCUGGUGGUAAGAAAUGGUGGUAAGAAAAUUGUAAUUAUAGAAAGCAGAAUAGUGGCAACACUCCGCUUUGACUGGAGCAUAGACUUAUUGAAACACUCGACUUCAAAACGCCUCUCAAACAAGGAAAAAUAUUGAAUUGAAAUAUAACUAACAAUGAAUGAUCGAAGAUCUAAGAGAAAUACCACUACCCGAAGCACCUACUCACUUACCCCUUCAAAAUUUCCCAGCCAUCAACUGCCCCCACCCCCCGCGAUAACCAUCAUCUGCACCGUCCGCCUCCGAUCAACCUCCUUCUUCAACAUCACCAAACAACUCGCCACCACCCCGGCCUCGUCCAAAUCCCCCUCCACACCACCCGCCGCCAGCUGCAACUCCCCUCCAUUCCCCGCGCUCGUC